GAGCUCGCCGAGCCUUCAAGUGUCGUGCAUGCAUUUCUAUGCACAUCUCUCUCUCUCUCUCUCACUUCGCAUGCACAUACCCCUUCUUCUCCGACCACCUCUCCGGUCACCGGAAUCUGACCCACAACCACCCCCUCCACAUCUCCGGCCGGCCAAACUCCGACGGUCGAAAAUCCUAACCUUUCAAAGUAAUCCAACAGUUCCACGAAUCAAAGCCCAUGUCUUCUUUUUCCUUUAAUUCGCAUCUGAAUACAGAGCUGUUGAAUAUAUAGCUUCACAUAUAUAGUUAUAUAUAUAUACGUGUUAAGAUUUGGGUUCGUGAAUGGGUUCGAGAGCUUGUACGAAUGGUUUGUGUGGGGCUUCAUCGUCGAAUGAGUGGAAGAAAGGUUGGCCUUUGAGAUCUGGUGAAUUCGCCAAUCUCUGCGAUAAGUGCGGGUCUGCUUAUGAGCAACUAGUCUUCUGCGACACGUUCCAUUUGAAAGAUACUGGCUGGAGGGAGUGCUCUUUGUGUGGGAAGCGCCUCCAUUGUGGAUGCAUUGCUUCCAGCUCUUUGCUUGAGCUACUUGACAGUGGUGGGGUGAGAUGCAUUGGGUGCACAAAAAGUUUGGGACUUCAACCUGCCUUAAAUGAUGAAAAGCCUAAAGGACUCAGCAUGUCAACAACAAAUAAUGAUGGUGAAAUGCGAUUGACUUCUGUAGACAAUCAAAUGGAUGGUGGUAAUGUUGACAAUAUGAAUCUUAAGCAGUCAGACAGUAAUGAAGAACUCAAUGGCUUGAAAGACUUGCUUCCAUCUCACAAUAACCACGCAAACAGUGGUCAAAUCAAAGAGGAAGAAGUCUUGCCUGCUCCGGGUGAAGUUGGAACAAUGAAUUCAUCAAAUUUCAAUCAAGCAUCCGUUGGAUCAUCUGAAACUGCCAAAGUAGACACAUAUAAAACUAACAUGGGAAUCAAAGACACAGAUGAAUCGCUGGCUCAGACAAAUUUGACUAUUGCCUUGACUGCUCCUUCAGGAAACCCAAAUCCCUUUCCUGGUGCAGUAAUUGAAGAAAGGGAAUCAGGAAAAACAAUUUCUUCCUUGCAACAAGUUUCUAGGUCUCGUCAUCUUUUGCCCAAGCCCCCCAAGGCCAUCCUUGCUGCUGGUUUGGAGACGAAUGCUGGUAUGGUUCCACAGAUUCGUGUUGCGAGGCCACCUGCUGAGGGGCGGGUGAAGAAUCAGUUGCUUCCUCGUUAUUGGCCUAGGAUUACAGACCAAGAGUUACAACAAAUAUCCGGAGACUCCAAUUCCACCAUCGUGCCAUUGUUUGAGAAGGUUCUGAGUGCUAGUGAUGCUGGUCGAAUUGGUCGCUUGGUUCUGCCAAAAGCAUGUGCUGAAGCAUAUUUUCCACCAAUCUCUCAGCCAGAGGGCCUGCCUUUGAGGAUUCAAGAUGUGAAAGGCAAAGAAUGGGUAUUUCAGUUCAGAUUUUGGCCGAAUAAUAACAGCAGAAUGUACGUUUUGGAGGGUGUAACCCCUUGCAUACAAUCCAUGCAAUUACAGGCUGGAGAUACUGUAACGUUCAGCCGCAUGGACCCAGAAGGAAAGCUUCUUAUGGGGUUUCGAAAAGCAUCAAACAGUAUUGCUAUGCAGGCCACCCAUCUGUCUGCCAUACCUAAUGGUGCUCUUUCAAGUGAACCUUUCUUUUCGGGUGUUAUUGAGAAUCUAUCCAUGACGAGUGGUUACUCUGGCCUUCUUCAGUCGCUGAAGGGAAGCACGGAUCCCCAUCUAAAUGCACUGUCAAAACAUUUGAAUUCUGCUGGGGGAGAUUUCAGCUGGCACGUCAUGGACAAGCAUGGAAGUGACACGAAAGAUGGUUUGCUGCCCCAAUCAAUGCUGGUGCAAGAGAGAAAAAGAAGCCGAAAUAUUGGGUCGAAAAGUAAGAGGUUGCUUAUUGAUAGCCAAGAUGCUCUGGAGCUGAAACUUACAUGGGAAGAGGCACAGGAUAUGCUCCGCCCACCCGUCAGUGAGAAGCCAAGCAUUGUCACUAUUGAGGACCAUGAAUUUGAAGAAUAUGAAGAGCCCCCUGUUUUUGGGAAGAGGAGCAUUUUUGUGGCCCGUUUGACGGGGGGCCAAGAGCAAUGGACUCAGUGUGAUAGUUGCUCUAAAUGGCGAAGGUUGCCAGCUGAUAUUCUUCUCCCUCCUAAAUGGACAUGCUCGGACAAUAUUUUGGAUCAAUGCAGGUGCUCAUGUUCUGCACCAGAUGAAUUGAGCCCAAGGGAACUCGAAAGUCUUCUCAGACUUAAUAAAGAUUUCAAAAAACGGAGAAUGGUAACAAGCCAUAGGCUGGUGCAAGAGCACGAGUCUGCAGGCCUAGAUGCUCUGGCCAAUGCUGCAGUGCUUGGAGACGAUGCAACUGACCCAGGUGCUGCAACGGUUGCAACCACUACCAAACACCCAAGGCACCGCCCCGGCUGCUCAUGCAUUGUGUGCAUCCAACCCCCAAGUGGGAAGGGCAAGCACAAGCCAACAUGUACUUGCAAUGUAUGCAUGACAGUCAAACGCCGUUUUAAAACCCUAAUGAUGCGAAAAAAGAAGCGUCAAUCAGAGCGCGAAGCAGAGAUCGCUCAGAGGAAUCAUUAUUUGUGGGGUACUAAGGAUGAAUCUGAAGUCGACAGCACAAUUAGACAGGUAACGUCUAACCGUGAUUCUUUAGAUAACAAGGAUAUAUUGGCACAAAGUAACAAUCUAUCCCUCAAGUUACCUGAAAUUGGCAAGGGAGGAUUAGAUUUGAAUUGUGAUCCGGAGCACGAAGAACACUUGCAUCAAGGGUCGACAAAUGUGAGCAUGAUGAGUCUUCUUCAAGUGGCGAGUUUACCUUUGGAAACUUAUCUGAAACAGAAUGGUCUUACAAGCUUGGUUUCUGAGCAACAAGGUAGUUCAGGAUCACAUUCACUGGCACAAGCGGCUGGAGAGAGUGAGGGACGGGUUCAGGAGGAUCAUUGUGUUGCUCCUGUGGUUCAAGAGCUGGAGAGCAGGGGCGAUGACCUUGACCAAACUCGGAAUGAUCCUUCCUGAAAUUCUUCUUCUCGACUUUAUUUGCCUUUUUGCUCUUUUGGGUGGGAUUUCUUUUAUUUCUUUCUCUCUUUCUUUUCUUUUUUUUUUUUCUUUUCCAUAAUUACUAAUUAUAUGUUUUAUCUUCUGGUUCUCUGGAAUAUGAUGAGCAUACACACUAUAGUUGGAGAGUGCAAGUGUAUAUGUUCUAUAGUUUGUAACAUACACAAAUGAUUUUUGUAGUUGCAAGAAUAUGUUUUGGAUUUGACUAGUUAAACCAUAAGCCAUUUACUAGUUUCGAGAUUA